UCUUCUGUUUUGGAAUGUUUAAAAGCCAACCCAUUCGUCGGAUGGGUUCCUUUUUCUCCUCUUCUCCCACAAAAAUCUCUUUUUUUCUCUCAGAUUUGUUCUAAACUCUCUCUAUUUUUGCUCCUUGAAACCCUCCUCCUCCUUGGAGGCAGCUAAGGCGUUGGUGUUCUGAUCUUUGAUUAAUUAAAGAGAAAAUGAACAUUUGCGCAUAUCACCAGAGGAACGCCAUGGGAGGAGGAGUCUAUGAGGAGGAGAGGAGCUUUUGUUCAGUGGUUUGCCCUAAGCCCCGUAGAUUAGGCCUCUUAAAUCCAGCCAUUAACGAUCAUAUCAGACAUAUGAGAUGGCCUGCAAAUCACCAUAGUGAGAUUGGAGAUUCUAAAGCAGGGACUGAACUACUGGAUAUGAUUCUUACUAAGGGAAGUUGUGGUGCCGAAAGAUCUGGUAAUCAGGUGGCUUCAUCACCGCCACCUUUUUUCAGCGGGUCACCACCUACUAGAACUUCAAAUCCUGUAAUCCUGGAUGCACAAUUUGGGAAUGAGAAGUUCACUCCCUCUUCGCCGUUGCCAUCACCUCUGUCUCCAUCAUCGCGAAUGGGAGGUGGAUGUGUAAGAAUGAAGUUUGGCCACAAACCUGCUGCUGUGAGGAUUGAAGGGUUUGAUUGUCUUAGCCGAGAUCGCCGCAACCACAGCAUCUCAGCUGUGGCAUAAACCACAGAGCUCAUCACAGGACAAACAAACCCAGAUGAGAAAAAAUGGCACAUUUUGUAGCAAAUUUUGGCAUGGCCAGAAAGGUGAAGUAGAGGAGGAUCUAAAUGGGCAAUAGUUGUUAAAUUAAUACUUGAAAUUUGUUGUAUAUCCAAGUCUAAGUCAAAUGGGGUGUUCUUGUUUGAGUAAUAUCUUUAGUCUUCCUUUUGGUGUCAUCAAAUCUUCCUCAUAAUAUUUGUGGAUGCAAGAAUAAAAGGAAAAGAAGAAAGGCUAGAAGAACCUGUAACUUUUCCCUGUAAGGUUUUUGUAUAUAGAUAAAAGGUUGAGAGUCUUGUUGAGAGCUAAUGUGAGGUUUCAUGGUGAAAAUUUGUAAUAUCAUGAUGUUCCUCCAUUGUCACUUUCAUCCUCCUGUUGUAAUUGUAAUUUGGAGGAAAAAGAGAGAAUUGAAUCCAUCUGUUUUCUUUA